GCAGGGCUGUCUCUAGGCCUGGGGUGUUCACCCUGCUUCCUGCGCCUGUUUCUGUAACUGGAGGAUGAACCAGUCUCAGAGGAUGGCACCUGUGGGCACAGACAAGGAGCUGAGUGACCUUCUGGACUUCAGCAUGGUCAUGGCCUAGUGGGCUGGAACAUGGCCAGCUUUGGGGUGUGCAGCUGAGUCCCAAAGGUUGACAGUCGCUCUCUACCUAGUGCCCUAAGCUGCUCGACUGUCUACACCUUCCUUCCAGGGGUUCUCCGGAGCACAUCAGCAAGCGGCCCAUGGCACAGAUCAGAAACUGAGGCCGAGAUGUUCCCACUGCCUGUGGCCAAUGGGAAGAGCCGGCCUGCCUCCCUGGCCGGAACCCAAUUUGGAGGUUCAGGUCUCGAGGACCGACCCAGCUCAGGCUCCUGGGCUGCCAGUGACCAGAAUAAUUCCUCCUUCGACCCCAGUCGGACCUACAGUGAAGGCACCCACUACAGCGAGUCCCACAGCAGCCUUCAGCCAUCCACAUUCCUGGGACCUGGGCUGGGAGGCAAGGGCAGUGAGCGAGGGGCCUAUGCUGCCUUCGGUCGAGACGGUGGUGGCGGCAGUGGAGGGCUGACUCAGGCUGGCUUCCUGCAGGGGGAGCUGGGCCUCAGCAGCCCUGGGCCCUUGUCCCCAUCUGGCGUCAAGAGUGGCUCCCAGUAUUACUCCUCAUACCCCAGCAACCCUCGGCGGAGAGCUGUGGACGGCAGCCUGGACACGCAACCUAAGAAGGUCCGGAAGGUUCCGCCCGGUCUUCCUUCCUCGGUGUACCCACUCAGCUCAGUUGAUGACUUCAGCAGGGAUGCCGCCGCCUACCCCUCUGCCAAGACCCCGGGCAGCACCUAUCCUGCCCCCUUCUAUGUGGCAGAUGGCAACAUGCACCCCUCACCUGAGCUCUGGAGUCCUCCUGGCCAAGCAGGCUUCGGGCCCAUGCUGGGCAGUGGCUCCGGGGGCCCUAGUGGCAGUGCCUUCGGCCUCCAGGAUCGCAUGGGUUACCAGCUUCAUGGAACCGAGGUGAACGGCUCACUCCCAGCUGUGCCUAGCUUCUCCACAGCCCCCGGCAGCUAUGGUGGCACCUCUGGCCACACACCACCUGUGAGCGGGGCAGACAGCCUCAUGGGCGCCCGUGGGACGUCAGCCAGCAGCUCAGGAGAUGCUCUUGGGAAGGCACUGGCCUCAAUCUACUCUCCAGAUCACUCCAGCAAUAAUUUCUCACCCAGCCCCUCGACGCCAGUGGGCUCCCCACAGGGCCUAGCAGGGACACCGCAGUGGCCCCGGGCAGGAGCACCCAGUGCCUCACCUCCUGGCUAUGAUGGCAGUCUCCAUGGCCUGCAGAGCAAGAUGGAGGACCACCUAGACGAGGCUAUCCAUGUCCUUCGCAGCCAUGCUGUGGGCACAGCCGGCGACAUUCAUGGACUUCUGCCUGGCCACGGGGCACUGGCUGCGGGUUUUACAGGCCCCAUGCCACUGGGCGGGCGGCACACAGGCCUGGUUGGGGGCAGCCACCCUGACGAUGGCCUUGCGGGUGGCCCCAGCUUGCUGCAGCACAACCACACUGCCCUCUCCAGCCAACCCAGCACCCUCCCGGACCUGUCGCAGAGGCCACCCGACUCCUACAGUGGUCUUGGGCGGGCUGGUGCCACAGCAGGUACCAACGAGAUCAAGCGAGAGGAGAAGGAAGACGAGGAGAACACCUCUGUGGGCGACAACUCUGAGGACAGGAAGGAGCUGAAGGCUGCUCGCACGCGGACCAGCCCGGCUGAGGACGAGGAGGACCUCCUCCCCCCAGAGCAGAAGGCCGAGCGCGAGAAGGAGCGCCGGGUGGCCAAUAACGCCCGUGAGCGGCUGCGGGUCCGCGACAUCAAUGAGGCCUUUAAGGAGCUGGGCCGCAUGUGCCAGCUGCACCUGAGCAGCGAGAAGCCGCAGACCAAACUGCUCAUCCUGCACCAGGCCGUGGCCGUCAUCCUCAGCCUGGAGCAGCAGGUGCGAGAGCGGAACCUGAACCCCAAGGCGGCCUGUCUGAAGCGACGAGAGGAGGAGAAGGUGUCAGGCGUGGUCGGAGACCCCCAGCUGACGCUCUCUGCCGCCCACCCGGGCCUGGGUGAGGCCCACAACCCGACAGGGCACCUGUGAAUCACUUGCUGGUGUCUCCGUGGGACCAGGGACUGCCGCACUCCGUGCCCUGAGAACACCCAAGAUGGUCUGUGAGGUGCCAGUAUGCAUCGUGACAUGGGCCAGCAGGUUUACACCUCACCACAGGCAGUGUCAAGCUGCUGCGAAGAAGCUCUGAGGGACAUGGGAUCUGGGGACACAGCCUGGGUUGCCUCGUGUCUCCACCCACCUGUGCUUCUCAGGGUACCAUGAGAUUGAACCCCCUGCCCAGCUGAGUUUUCUCCGCUUGGUUAAAGGAAACUGGAAAGCAAAAUAACAAAAUACCCACUUUUCAGAAAAGAAAAUGCCUUAACUCUAGAUCGUGGAAGUCUGGGAAGGAGGGGCGCUCACACAAGGGUGCCGCUCUGCACCUGGCUGCUUUGUCAAGAGCCACCGUCAAAUUGUGCCUAAGCAUUUUUUUUUUAAGGAGAAUAAAAAUGUUAGUUACAAGAUUUUUUUUUACUGUAGAUGAAAUUAGCAAGAAUGACACCUCUGAUGUCUUUUUUUUUUUUUAGCUUUCUUUUGCAUAUGUUUUGUAAGCAACAAGUUUUUGUAUAAAAAUUCUUGUGUCUCUUGCUCUUUGUAAAA